AUGGAAGAAGAAUUCCUACCUAAUUUCAUAUUCGAAUUUCCUAGUGAAAUCUUGCAGAGGAUUUUAUUCUUCUCCAUUAUCUCGCGCUUGAAAUAUGACGAGGACGAUUCCGUACGUGGGACCUCCAGAGUCCUGAACCUCCGACUUGUCUGUAAGGAAUUUGAUGCGUUGUUUCAAAGUGCGCUCUUCGAAACGAGACUUAUGGAUGACAUACGACCAUAUGGCACUUCUCUUGCAAGAGCAGGUACUCUGGAGUACUGGCCUUUAACCAGCAAGCGCAAAGAAGCCGCUCAUAAACUGUGGCAUUCGUACCUAGUGUAUAGGGUGCUUAACGAAGUCGAUCCUAACGUGAAGCGGUACGUUGAGGUUCGAAACACAGCGAGUGCCAUUUGCACCGAGAACGGAGCGGACUUUCUUCAAACAAUCAAAAAUCUCUGUUGGCUAGGUCUUGCGCAUCAAUUAGGAAACGCUUGGCCGGUUCCGCACAGGCGAAUCUUGCGAGGACCAGAUGCACUCACACCAAGACCCCCUCCGUUGAAUAACAACAGUCCUGAUGUAAGCCUACUCAGCGCUGCAGCUUAUCUUGGCUGUGUAUCUUUGACAAAACGCCUGCUUGAGCAUGGGAACGAUCCAACAGAGCAUGACAUGCUCUUCCCGUGUCCUAUGGAAGCAGCUUCUCUAGCGGGACAAGUUACUACACUGCAGCUUUGCCAAGCCAACAUUCCGCUGAGACAGGACAAGUAUCUUUAUUAUCACCCGAUGUUGGAGGAAGUCCCUCGCAUCAAGGGAACAUUUCCUUUCGCUAUUGCCGGCGCUGCCUCAAGGGGCGAUAUGGAAAUUCUUAAUAUUGCGCUAUGCCCAGCAUUCCUCGAUGGCACUGACGAUGUGCCAGCCCACAGAGGAGUCUCGUUUGACGUUCUACGCUUCGCUAAAACAUGGGAAGUUUUCUCGAAACUUCUGUCUUCCUUACCUCCGGAUUUCUUAGAGAAGAAGGGAAAAUAUUCCCAGCCCAAUGGCAGUGACCUUCUCAUGCAUUUCGCUGACCUCGGCAAUUUUGAGAUUGCCAAGGGUCUUCUUGAUGCUGGUGCUCAUACUCGGGGUCAUGAGCAUCAAUUGGGUAUGCAUCCGCUCUGGAUUGCUGCCAGGCAGGGAUACGAGGAUAUAGUAGACCUCCUGCUAGAAUACGGAGCAGAUGUCAAUCGGCCUACCGUCCUCUACUGCAGUACGGUGGGUGCUGCGGUACGCUCGGGCAAUAUCAGCCUUGUGAAGAACCUGCUGAGCAAAGGAGGACAUUUCAAGGAAGAGGCACCCUGCGGUGCGCUCGUAGUGGAGAACGUCCCUAUGUUGGAACUUCUGUUGGAUCACUUGAAAGCCGGUGGGAAUCUUUCUAUGGUUCUGAUACAUGAACUUAUUGCUUUGGCGUCAGAAAGGCAAUUGUUUUACAUGUUUUGGUUUGUCAUUGAAUAUGUGAUGGUCCGUAUGGGCAUUGAAUUGGUGUUUGAUGAUUCCGAAGCUGAAGAUCUCUGA